GAACCUGUGUGACAAGCAUGAUUAGCAAGAAUUGGAGAUCCAUUAUAAUAACUCCCGUCUGGGCCCUGAGUAUGGGUCUGCCCGCACCUACUUGCCGAUUCGAGGCAUAAAUAGAGGGGUCCAGUGCAACUCUGGUUGACUCCAACUUGAACCCAGAAUAUCAUGGAGAAGAUGGGAGGAGACAAGAAGCAGGAGUCUCUUUCUCCUUCUAAUCAUGCUAUACCUGGGUUUACUGGUAACCCGCAGCCCAUCAUUCCAAUGUAUAUGAAUGUGAAAGAGAAUGAGAUGCAUCGAAAAGAACUUCAUGCCUUCAGCCAGUCUCUAUGGGAUCUCAUUUUUCAACCACCGAACCUUCCGGUUCUACCGACCUCCGAUUCAUUAUCAAAGGCCCGCAUGACUCUGCUCGAUCACCUUCCUGAUCGAGGACAGGGAUUGGAAAGAACCAAAGACCACCUACUCCAUGACAUCGUACCAGCAUUCAACGCGAGUAGCCUGAGUCCUAAUUACUACGGUUUUGUGACCGGCGGCGCGACUCCAGCUGCCAUUUUAGCCGACAAUGUCGUUUCAGUAUAUGACCAGAAUGUUCAAGUUCAUAUGGAGGAACAUUCGGUUGCUACGGACGUUGAGUUUAAAGCAUUAGGCCUUGUGGCGGAUUUACUGAGACUGAAUCGGAAGACCUGGCAUAAUGGAACAUUUACAACGGGAGCCACAGCAAGCAACAUAUUAGGCCUGGCAUGUGGCAGGGAAUAUGUAUUGAGGAAAGCGGCAGAGAGACAUGGCAGUCCAAUCUACAGUGUGGGAGAACACGGACUCUUCGAAGUCUUACAAGCUGCUGGCCUUACAGGGAUUCAAGUACUCUCUACAAUGCCCCAUUCCUCGGUUGGGAAAGCAGCAGGGAUUCUAGGAAUAGGACGUUCUAACAUGAAGAGUAUCUGCACUUCCCCAACGAAUCCUCUUGAGAUUGACAUAGAGCUGUUGGAGAAGGAACUCUCAAGAACCGAGAAAGCCAGUAUUGUGUGUAUAUCCUGCGGAGAAGUCAACACAGGCCAUUUCGCGACAAACGGUGGCAAGCAGAUGCGUGAAAUUCGGAGAUUAUGCGACAAGUACGGUGCCUGGAUUCAUGUUGACGGAGCAUUUGGUAUCUUUGGUCGAAUAUUAGACACAUCUCAAGAGGAAUACACAGCCAUUACCCGCGGAUGCGAAGGCGUUGAACUCGCAGACUCAAUAACAGCAGACGCCCACAAAUUCCUCAAUGUCCCUUAUGACUGCGGUAUCUUCUUCUGUCGGUACUCUUCAAGUACGCUCUCAGAGGACGUCUUCCGCAACGCAAAUGCAGCAUAUCUCAACUCAGGUGCCAGCAAUGGCGCAUCCCAUGUCCCAUCACCAUUGAACAUUGGUCUCGAAAACUCGCGACGCUUAAGAGCAUUACCAGUUUAUGCUUCCUUGAUGGCAUACGGCAAAAAUGGCUUCAAGACUAUUUUAGAGACGCAAAUCCGUCUUGCGCGCAUGAUCGCCGGCUGGCUAUACGAUCAUCCUGCAUAUACCCCUUUACCACUUGCUGCAAGCGAAGAGGACCUUUGUGCUCAAACGUACAUGAUUGUGCUAUUUCAAGCGAACGAUGAGAAAUUCAAUCAGCAAUUGACUAAGAAAAUCAAUGGUACUUCAAAGAUGUAUGUUUCGGGUACAUCUUGGGAAGGGAAGCCGGCGUGUCGUAUUGCUAUAUCUACCUGGAGGGCUGAUGUGUUGAGGGAUUUUGCGGUUGUAACCGAUGUACUUGAAAAGGUUGCUUCUAAUAGCUGA